AAAUUUGUCGCCCUGGAAAAUGGCAACCCCACCAUUAACUGAAUUCAUUAAAACAUUUACGAUUAGCGAACCUGAUCAGCAAGAUGGCGACAACAGAAUCUCAACCGCCAGCGAAGGUGAAGGAAUCCGGAGUUACGAGCCCAGAUUCAGAAGCGACGACUUCAUCAAAACCAAUUCAUUCCUUAGUCCUCGACGCUGGUCCCCUAAUCAAGAACGACCCUCCCGUCAGUACGCUCCUUAGCCAAGCGCACGAACUGUACACCCUUCCCUCUGUCAUCUCCGAAAUUCGCGACGCCGCAACAAGAUCGCGUGUCGAAACCACACUUCUUCCGUUCCUAAAACUACGAAGCCCACGCCCGGAAAGCAUAAAGUUCGCGACCGAUUUCGCGAGGCGCACUGGUGACCUCGAAGUCCUGAGUAGACCCGAUUUACACCUGAUCGCCCUGACAUAUGAAUUGGAAUGCGAAAGGAAUGGAGGUGAUUGGCGAUUGAGAAAAACACCGGGACAGAAGGGUUUAAAUGGGAAAGCACCAUCGCAACAAAAUGGCGCUGAAGAACAAAAGAACGGCGAAGAAACCGCAGACAUAAAGCCAACAGACGUAGCCGAUAGCAACAAUGGAGCAGAACAGACCAUAACAGAGGAGACAAUACCUGAGGAUAAUACAAAAGAGCCCGAGACACAGGAACAGCCGACUAUUCAACAAGAGACAGUCACACAAGCACUAGAUUCUCUCAGCCUCGAACCCUCCGCAUUACCGACAAUAGACACCGCGCCGGACGACGCCGCUACGGCAGAAACAAAAGAAGCAGAGCAGGAAGACGAUGAUGAGGAUGGAUGGAUCACACCAUCUAACCUUAAGAAACAUCAAGCGAAAGACCAACUUUCAGCGCCAGAGCAGCCGAUUCAACAAUUCCUACAAGUCGCGCUGUUAACAUCUGAUUAUGCCAUGCAGAAUGUGCUCUUGCGCAUGAACCUGAAUUUAGUGUCACCAAGUCUAGCGCGUAUUACACGAGUGAAGACAUGGGUACUGCGAUGUCACGGAUGCUUUGGGGUUACAAGAGACAUGUCGAAACAAUUUUGUCCUCGCUGUGGACAACCAACUCUAACACGCGUGAGUUGCUCGACCGACUCCAGCGGCAACUUUACUAUCCAUCUCAAGCGAAACUUCCAAUGGAACAACCGUGGCAACGUCUACAGUGUGCCGAAGCCAGUACACGGUACCUCGAACGGAAAAGCGCGAGGUCUCGGAGGAGGGAAGAAUGGAUGGGGAAAGGAGUUAAUACUAGCAGAAGACCAGAAGGAAUACGUUAAGAAGUCUACGGAUAGGAGCAAGGCUCGGCAGAGGGAUCUUAUGGAUGAGGAUUACUUGCCCGGUAUAUUGACGGGAGACCGGAGUGGAGGAACGCAGGGCAAGAUACGUGUUGGGGCGGGGAGGAAUGUGAAUUCGAGGAAGAGGUGAGGUAUAGAGCCAUAAAAAGGGAAUUAUAGAGGGUUCGGUAUUUGGUAUGGGUUUCAUAGG